CAACGUAGUUAGGAGCAGGGCAUGUGCCAUCUGAGUGGGAGUGGAGGGAGAGAAACAUUCCAGUUGCCUUUCUCCAGAGCCAUGUGGCAUAGUUUCAGCCAGCUUUCAUCAUUAGUGCCACAGCUUGUAUUACAUCUGCCAGGUCUGUCUCUCCUGCCUCUUCUGGAUGGGAGAUCAAUGAAAGAAAUCCUUCGGGAGAUUGGAAAUACCUCACUC